UUUGCAGUCUAUCCUCCGUGUCUCUUGGCGCCUGGGGUUUGGAGAGGAGCCCAAAUCUAUUGACACAGAUCUUCAUGCUUUGGCCAAAAAAUACAGUGAAAGGGGCCACCAGAUGAUGGCAGUCUCAUAUUCAAAUGUCAGCUCCAAAGUGGUUUUCAAUAAACUGGUACCGAAAUGGCUGUCAUCAGAACCCUCAGCAAGGUGGCCAAACAGGCCCUGCUCAGCACCCCUGGGUGUGGCUGCCAGCCCCUAACGGUGGCUGUUCGCAACAUCAGCUUCUCCCCCCGACAGGUGACUUCUGAUGCCAGCUUCCACUCUGUGUCCUUCUCAGAAACAGACCACCCCAAGGUGCUCAUUACAGGUGGCCUCGGUCAGCUCGGGGUGGGGCUCGCCAAACUUCUGAGGAAGAGGUUUGGAAAGAACAAUGUGAUUCUGUCUGACAUCAGAAAACCUCCAAGCAACGUUUUCCACAGCGGCCCCUUCAUCUACUCAGACAUCCUGGACUACAAGAACCUGCGGGAAAUUGUGGUGAACAACCGCAUCACUUGGCUUGUUCACUACAGCGCUCUCCUCAGCGCUGUUGGAGAGGCUAACGUGGCCCUGGCACGUUCCGUUAACAUCACCGGGCUUCACAACAUCCUGGACAUCGCAGCGGAGCACGGACUUCGUCUGUUUGUCCCCAGCACCAUUGGUGCCUUUGGUCCUACUUCACCCCGUAACCCUACGCCAGAUCUCUGUGUGCAGAGACCUCGCACCAUCUAUGGUGUUUCCAAAGUCCAUGCAGAGCUGAUGGGAGAGUACUACCACCACCGCUACGGCCUGGAUUUCCGCUGUCUCCGCUACCCAGGAAUCAUCUCUGCUGACUCCAUGCCUGGGGGCGGUACAACAGACUACGCUGUCCAGAUUUUCCACGAUGCAAUCAAAAGCGGAAAGUUUGAGUGCAACUUGAAACCCGACACGCGGCUGCCCAUGAUGUACAUUGACGACUGCCUUCGUGCCACGCUGGAGGUGAUGGAGGCGCCAACUGACACACUGAGCAUGAGGACCUAUAACAUCAAUGCCAUGAGCUUCACCCCCGAGGAGCUGGCCCAGGAGCUCCAGAAGCAGAUGCCCGAGCUGGAGGUCACGUAUGAUGUAGACCCCGUCAGACAGGCAAUUGCUGACAGUUGGCCAAUGAACUUCGACGACUCCAACGCACGGAAAGACUGGGGCUGGAAACAUGAUUACGAUCUUCCAGAGCUCGUCCAGACAAUGCUCAACUACUUUGGUGCAGAAACACGCAUGGCUCGCGCUAACUGAGGGAGCACAUCAGUCUCGAGUGUUCUUUGUACAUAAUGUAUAGACUGACCAAAGAGAGUAGAGGAACAUGGCCUGUUCGGGGUCGUUCUCUCACUUCUCUGUAAAAUCAGAAGGGCUCUGCUUGCCAGGCACAAAGCUAUCGUGCCUCCAGAAUGUAAAGUUCAGUACGGGCAAGACAAUCCUCCCCGCUCCCGUCUAUCUACUCCUCCUAUGCUCUCUUUCCCCUUUUUCUGCUCAUAGAUUUUGGUGAAGAGCAGUCUGUUAGUGGAAGGUUGUUGGCAGUAUCAGGGAUAUCAAGGUGGCCUGUGAAAACUUGUUUGGUUUUAAAAAGCAAAAAAAAAAAGCAAAAAAUAAAAGGGAUAACUUGCAUGUUAAUGAAUAGAGCAAAAUUCAGUUUUCUGGGCAAAAAUCAAGGGAAUGUUGCACUGUGUAUUUGUGAGCAUUUCUACCGGUUUUUCUUUAGGAAUCCAAAUCGGUCAGGGUUUUGUCUGCCAAAAUUCCAUGGAUUGUCAAAAUUCAAGUAUUCAGGGACUAAAGCUCAUGGGGCUAAAAUCAAUUAACUUUGGAUUGAGGGGUAUUCAAAUACUCAAGUGGUGUCCUUUUGCACUUUAGAUGGAACUCUAUCCUAAAAUUACUGACAAGUAAGUGAGACUGUGUGGGCGAUUUUUUUUCUGGUACAGUGCAUCUGUAUUUCGAGCUGUGCGGAGUGAUAAUUCUUAAGAAUUGUUCUUCUGUUUAUUCCACAUAACAUUAUUUAUUCUGUCUGUUGGUGUUAAAUGUGUAGGAGCUUCAUCAAGUGAAAGCAUUUCUUAACACUUUUUUUUUUCUACAUGUUUCUGUCCACUUUUAUGUUAACUUUUUUUUUUUUUUUCAUUAACUCUGUGGGAUUUAUUUUGUCACAAAAGGGAAAUGUGACUCUGUAUGUCACAUUUACAUUUAGCCACAUUUGGUGGUUUUCUGUAUUUCAACUUUCUGUAAAAGAAAUGUGGAAACUGGUUUCUAUGUGAAAGUCUUAGCAAGUUCUGUCUGCCUUUCAAUUACACAACAAGCUUUGACAAUUAAAACUUUUCCACAUA